AUGAUUGACAGUCUAGAGAAGCUGCGCAUAGAGAAGGAGGCAAGCCUGAGGGCCUUAGGUCACCAGCACGCGGUCUUGAGAGCCAGGGAGGAGGCAUUGGGGGCGCUCCUGUGGGCCAUUGACGCCAUGGAUCUGAUUGUGGGGCGCCUGCAGCAGAUGGGGCAUGCGUGCGACCCGAACGGCCGCGAUGACCCGGGCUUGUGCUCGCUGCGCCGCUGGCAUGCGUCCGUCCAGCAGCAGCAGCAGCAGCAGCAGCAGCAGCAGCAGCAGCAGCAGCAGCAGCAGCCGCCGCCGCCGUUGCAAGAGGCCGCCUGCGAGGGCGACGCAACAGCCAAUGACAGCCGGCGCGAUGGCGGACCCUUGAACUCGCAGCAAGCGCGGCAAACUGCGUGCCCCGACGCCCACGACAUGUCCGCCGCCGCGGCCGCCGCCGCAGCCGCCGCUGCCGCCUCGGCCGCCCCGGCGCCGCCCCUGCGGCUGAGCCUCCAGGAGUGGGCCGACCACGUCGACUCUUUCUUGUCAGAGGAGUGGGCGGUGGAUGCCCUGCACCGGGGCUUUGUGCUGGAAGAUGUCGGGGGCACUUACUCGCGCUUUGUGGAGACGGCCGCGCCGCUCGUCCUGCGCAUCAAGGGCGGCUCAUACGACGCCGAGAGCGCCGAGGCGCGCGUCGCGACCGAGGUGGCGCGCCUCAUGUCCUUCUUCGCGGUGGCUUACGUGUCGCGGCCGUUUGUCGUGUUUGGCGGCGUCUGCUCACACCUUCAGAACGCAAAGCCGCUCGAGGAGGCGGAGGUGCCGCCCAAGGAGCACUGGGAGCACUACGCCUCCGAGCUAGACCUGUCGCUGCACCAGGCGCAUGUAUGCAUGCAGCUGCGAGCGAUGUACGACGCGCGCAUGGAGGCGCUGCAGGCGCGGCGCGACGUGCUGUCGGAGCAGCAGCUGGCGCUCGCGCACGACGCGGCGGCGCAGGAGGCGGUGCUCGAGGAAAUCGAGGCUUGCCAGCAAGGCUUUGCGUGGACGGUGGUGACAAUCGUAAUCGCCUCCCGCAUCCAGGUCUUGAGGCCAUUGCAGGUGGCCAGCUCCACCAUCGCCGCCUUCCCAUACGCGGGCUCCAUCAUGUGGAUGUGGCGCGCGGCCCAGGCCAGGCUCGACGCGCAGCAGCGCGAGGAGCAGCAGCAGCAGCAGCAGCAGCAGCAGGGCCACCACCACCAGCAGCAGCAGGCCCACACGCGGCAGGAGCAAGAACAGGAGCCACUGCCGCCGCCGCGCGGUGUUAAAGCGAAGAGUCGGGGGAGGGACGCAAACAAGUGA